AGAAAGGUUUACGUCACAAAGGAAACGGUUAUUAUUAGCAACAUUUGAUGCCGAAAUGAAGCCUUUGUAGGCAGUACACUGUUUAGAGAAACGGGCUACAAGUGAGUGGACACAAUGCGAUCUAAGCGAACCCAGUGCUUUCUGUUAUCAUCGAUGAAAUCAGACUCAAGAGAGAUGAGAGGAAAAACAGACCUCAAGAGAGACUCAAAACUCUUUGACUGAAACUCAGCGACUUCUUUGUGUUGAAGCUUGUGAAUCAUUAUGUGGAUGGUGAAGUGGACUCUUUUAUAUCCCGCUGACGUUCAGAGAAGCGAGUCGAGGUGAGCGUUGAGGGAGGUUGUGUUGAGUUGUCAGGAUGUGUCUGGCGUGAUGUUCACAGGUUGUUAUGCUGAUGUAUUCAGUACGAACAUGCUGAUGGAGUCUUUGGAGCGACGGCUACAGAGGCCUUUGUUGGCCAAAUCCAGGACAUUACCCAGCAUCCCUCAGUCCCCCGCCGCUGUCCGCGUGCAGCAGUCAGGGAAAGUUUGUGAACGUCAACAACUUCCACAUGUUCCUUCCAGCCCUGGUGGUCUUCAAGCAUGUACACUGCCCUCUGCAGGCGAGAUGUGGCGGCUGGAAGAUGAAAACGAGGCCGACAUCGCUCCGGGUGCCGCUGACCCGCGGCCGCGCUCUCAGUCGCCCUUCUCACAUUUCCGACAGCGGGCGGCGUAUCUGAGGAAAAGCAUCUCGGCCGACGAUCAGCUGGGAGAGGCGGAGUUAGAACCCGCCCAGCCGGAGAGGAGGAGCUUCGCCGAUCCAAAAGUCAAACUGAAGAGGAAGUUUAGUCUGGGCUCCAUCGACAGGAAGAGAACGCAGCAGAGAAGGACUGAGUCUGGGAUUGUGAAGUUCACCCAGAGACUUUCUUUGAAGGACAAACACUGCAAGGACAGAAGUCAGUCGUCUAGACCUCCGGCCUACAGGAGGCGCUCUCUCAGCAUGGACUGGGCUGAAUCCAAAAUGACUCAACAGGUUCCAGACCCCCAUCCUCUGAUUCCCCGCAAAUACUCCAGCACGUCAUGUUCAUCUCCGCCGAGUGCUGCACGACGUCUGUACAGAAACCUGUCUGGAAAGUUCCGCACGGCGAACCUUGUUCUGGACGAAACGUCUCUCCCGAGCCAGUUGGACAAGGACCAUUUGCACAAAACCACCAUGUUCCAGGGAAACGAAGCUCUGUUUGAAGCCGUGGAGCAUCAGGAGCUGGACGUCGUGGAGUCUCUGUUGAACACCUUCAGUCUGGAGGAGCUGGAUUUAAAUACCCCCAACAGUGAAGGGCUGCUGCCGCUCGACAUCGCCAUCAUGACCAACAACGUGCCAAUGGCCAAACUUCUGCUGAGAGCCGGGGCCAAAGAGAGUCCCCACUUUCUAAGUCUUGAAGGCAGAGCUGCUCACCUGGCCUCGCUGGUGCAAGAGGCGGAGCAUCGCAUAGCAGAGCUUGUUGCACAUGUGAAGGGGGAGGAGCCUGGGGAGGGGGAGGGGUCAAACAGAGAGAGGCAGCUGAAAACAUUGGAAUGGAAGCUCCGCCUCUACAUGCGCAUGCAGACGGGAUACACACAUGCCAGUCCUCCUGAUCCUCCCAGUGUCGUCCAGCUGUCCGUCAGCAGUGGCACCAGCCUCAGAGUCUACUUCCAGGAGCCUCUUUGUCACAAUUCUGCUGUUAUUACCAAAUACCGCGUGAGCUGGAGCAGCGUUCCUUCAUUUACUCCAUUACUGGGUGAGACGGUCAUUGAAGACAUGACUCAGCUCCAGUAUGACAUCACUGGACUUCCAGCGGGCACAUGCUGUUAUGUCCAAGUAUCAGCAUUUAAUAUGAAGGGAUGGAGUUCACCUCAGAUAGCUGAACCUGUUUGUGCUACACCUUCAAGCUGGAGGGAGGUGGACAGUCUUCCCCCCCGCCAGCAGGGUCUGAAAGAGGCGUUAGAGCAGCUCCUGGGGCAAAUUAAAGGGACGCACCGUCACUGCGCCUGCCACGAACAAUGCAAAGCCUCGUCAAACACCAGGAAACACUCUGUGUCUAAAAGCCUGAGGCAUCUAUUCCAGGCCACCAGCAAAUUUGUCAAAAAUCUGAAAAGAGGCCUUUAUCUGGCCUGUAUAUUUUAUAAAGAUGAAAAUGUUCUGGUGACUCCAGAGGAUCAGCUGCCCGUCGUUGAGGUGGAUGACUCGUGCAGCUGUCACGCGCAGGAUUUACUCUGGUUUACAAAGGUGUCACAUCUGUGGGAGGAGCUCUCAUGGAUGCAGCAGUGCAUCAGUCCUGCACAGGCCUCUAGUUCCUGCACACUUCAGACGCGCCUUAAACUGCUGCAGGCAGCUGCACAACUACAGGCUCUCCUUGGCACGGUGGAUCUCGGGCAAGUGUAUUUUGAGCCCAUCAAGGAUAAGCACGGUAACGCGGUGUUGGUGCUGAUGAAGGACAUGAGUGCAAGCGCGCCGCUGGAAGGCGUACGCUGGAUUCCCGUCAGUAAAUUCCAGCUGCAGCGCAGGUCUUCCUCUUCCUCAUUAGAUGAGCCUAGCGCACUGGAGACGCUUCUCACCACAUUGCAUGAGAAGCUGGCGUAUCACCGGCGCAGCAGGAAGUGUCUGUCUCCAGGCCUGUAUCUGGGAUAUCUGAAGCUGUACACCUCGGUGGACCAGAUCAGGAUGCUCGUGUCACACAAACACCCAAACGUACUCUGCCACGUCAAAAUACGAGACAACGGCCAUGUCUCCAGGGAAGAAUGGCAGUGGCUUCAGUCGCUGAGUUUGCUGGAGGACAGCGCAAAGGUGUGUGACGAUGUCCAGAGCGCUCCACAUCGCCUCCUACUGGACCUGCGGACCGCUGCUAAAGAUUUACUCACCUACAUCAACAUUCCCAACCGCCAGGCACAGGAUUUCCGUGUGUAUGUGAAGGAGGUGGUUGAGUUGGGAGGGGGCGUGUCCUUCCUGUUGCUCCUCCCACCGUGUGAGGAGGUGUGUUCACCGCCCGGACAGAACCAUCUCUGCUCGCCGCGCUCGGGUUUCCUCACCCUGCCGCUGCAGAUCUUUGAGUUAGUUCAUUUCGAGGCCUACUGCCCCAGUUUCAUCGGUCCGUACUGCCGUGUAUCGGCUCUGCUGGCUCUGGAGUCACUGAUGUCCCAGCAGACUCUGCGUGAGGCGUUCUCUGAGUCCGAGCUCUUCGCUGCCAAGCAGAAACAUCAGCAGGUUGAGGAGUAUUUGCAGCAUCUGGAGGAGCUGUGGCGUGAUGCGCGGUGGAUGGUGGUGCUCCAGUCGGCCCGGUAUAAACAUCAGAGCUCUGGAGCGAGUCUGGGCUGCAUUAUAGACUUCUCCAAAGAGAGUAUUCCAGAGAAACCAGCUUCCACUUCCUCUCAGCUGGACUACCUGCCCUCACCGACCCCGUCACCAGAGAGCACACGCAAACACAACGAUUCCCAGGGUCUGUCGGAUGAGGAUAACUCAUCGGAGGUGUUCCUCACCACUGACAGUGAGUACAGCUCCAGUGUGGCCCAGAGCACCAGAGAACUGGACCUGCUCCCACCGUCUCCCACCAGCUUCAGAUCCUUAACGUCCACACAGCCGUCCUCCUCCUCGCAGUCCUCGCCUUGCUCCUCGCAGCCGGACGUGCUGCAGACCGGAGGAGGGGUGAGCAGACGUGAGCACAUGAGCGUGAUCGAUAAUGACUUCAUCCUGCCGAGCCGUCAGAUCGAGCUGCUGCGGGUCACCGAGAAGAGAACGGCGCUGUGCAUCCGCACCAGCAGUCUGGAGCACCCGCCUCCCGUCUCAAUGGAAACCACACCCACCAGCUCCUCCAAUCAGAAGUGCUGGACACGCCCCUCCUCCUUAGACCUCUUCUUCCCUGAGCCCCGCCCCGUGCCUGUGCGCACCCAAUCAGAGGACAGCGGCGUCCAGCGACUCUCCGCCUGUUCUUCUCACCGGCCGUGCCACAGCACACUGAGAGUUUACCCACAAUACCGCACCGGCUUACCCAAAGACACCAGUGUCAAAUUGCGCGUGACUCCAGAGACAUCGGCCAAAGAGAUGGUUCGUUUAGUGGUCCAGGAGAUCAACGCUGUGUGCCAUCGCCUGCAGAAAGCCACCCAGCAGGGCACCUGUGCCCCGGAUCAGAGCGGAGACCCGUCUGAGGGGUGUUUGUAUGACAGCGAGCAGCUCCAGCACUUCGGCCUGGUUCUGCUGGUGGAGGAGAGAGAGAAAUGGCUACAGGACGAUUUCUGCCCGCUCACGCUACAAAACCCAUGGACUCGUGGAAAACUCUGCGUCCGCUUCAAAGAGUAUUCACCGCUUGCACUGCAGCACAGCAGAGCCACGACUGUUUGAUCACGCAACCUGUAAAUACUCACACUCACACACACUGACUGAAGUGCAUAGACUACUGAAGUAUGAUGUUUUAGAUUAUGAAUUACUUCAUGAGCUUCGUGAUUAGACUCACCUCCACUGAGUUUUAUAGACGCUAACCUUAUGAGAAAAUCAAUCACUAAUGAGAGUUAAAGUCAACAUGAAAUCAAAAUUAAUGUGUAGUGAAUAGUUCAUCAGUGUACAUUAUCUUCAUAAUCUACCCACUGCUUUAUAUACUCCAUAUUACAUAUAAUUCAUAAAAUUGAUCAAAAUGACAGUAAAUAUGAAUAUAAUUAUUAUUUAUUCAAUAAUAAAUAAACUUUCUAACAAUUGAUAAUGGUUUCCACAGAAAUAUGAAGCAGCACAACUGUUUUCAACAUUGAUAAUAGUCAGAAAUGUUUCUUGAGCCGCAAAUCAGCAUAUUAGAAUGAUUUCUGAAGAUCAUGUGACACUGAAGACUGGAGGAAUGAUG